AGACUUCAUUGAACAGCACUACGUGACCCUGAAGAAGGCAAACCCGGAUUUCCCCAUUCUGAUCCGCGAGUGUUCCGGUGUCCAGCCCAAGCUCUGGGCUCGGUACGAGUUUGGAAAGGAGAAAAGCGUACCGCUGAACAACCUUACUGUGGAUGAAGUGGCCAAGGCCUUGGAGAACAUUGUGAAAAGCAAGGUGUGA